AUGCUUUUCAUGUGGCUUAUUCUUCAUCAGUUAUUCCAAUUUGGUUAUUUUGAAUACGAAGAAAUUGAGGACUGUUCCAUGAAAGUUACUGUGAAUGACGAGGAAAAAAAACGUCCAAAUAUAGAUCCAAGUUAUUGCUACGAUACGAACUCCGACCUGUGUAAUGCUUUAUUUAGUAAAGAUGGAGAUACCUACACUAAUAAUCUUAAUCCGUAA